UGCCUGAAGUACUGCUGAACGAGCCUCUGUACGGGAGAAGUUGAGUUGAGGACCGUGUGUGUAGUCGCUGGUGUGUUUUUGGAAGUACAGGCAUAUGGCUUAAAAUCCUUAUAGAGGAUAAAGCAGGUGAUCAUAAAGAAGAGAAUGUGUAUGUUCUAAGGGCACCACAGGCCUCCACUUCAGGAUUGACUGAAACACUAAACGUUCUUUGGCAUCCAUUGUAUUAUAGUAAUAGUUUUACUCAUCUCUCAGGUUUCAGUUCAAGAAUGAAAGAAGAAAUGACCUGCGUUGAAACUCAGUAUGGAAUUCAGACAUAUGAGAAUAACUACUCAAUCUCCGAAUUUUUGAAUCCUGAAAUCACUGCCAAGCUGGCCAUGGACAUCAGUGGCCAGCGGGACCAACCGUCUACCACCUCUUUGCCCAGCAUUAACUCCUUGGUCAGUGGCUACACAGGCGAGUUUGAUGCAUACCAGUGCCAGAUCUCCACACCCUUGGCUUCCAACUCCACUGGAGCCACUUCUGGUCAGCAGUCACCCUUCAAGAUGGAUGACUUCCAGGUGUAUGGUUGCUAUCCUGGUACAUUUUCCCUGAGUUACCUCGAUGAGACGCUCUCUUCCUGUGGUUCGGACUAUUACGGCAGCCCAGCAUCAGCUCCCUCCCCAUCCACCCCCAGCUUUCACACUCAACCUUCAUCAGCCUGGGAUUCACCUUUUAGUCCAUAUUCUCCUAGUGCCAACUGCUGGGUGACUGACAAGACGUCUGUGGCCCAGGCAGCGUCAUUCUUCACCUUCAGUUCCCCACACGAGCAGCCUUCACCACUGGGUCAGCAGCAGCAGCCGCAACCUCAACUGCCUGAACAGGAAGCCUUUGCUCAGCACCAGCAGCACUCCUCAGCUCUGCCUUUCAUUCCAUUGGGUCUUGAUCAGGGCUCCCUGGAUUGCCCUGUGCUUACUGAGGAAUCCACCUCGCCCAAGGCCCGCAGCCCAAAUGGGAACGAGGGUCGCUGUGCCGUAUGUGGAGACAGCGCCUCCUGCCAGCACUAUGGAGUGCGCACCUGUGAGGGCUGCAAAGGCUUCUUCAAGCGCACUGUACAGAAAAAUGCUAAAUACGUGUGCCUAGCUAACAAGGACUGUCCUGUGGACAAACGCCGGCGGAAUCGCUGUCAGUUCUGCCGUUUUCAGAAGUGCCUGGCUGUGGGGAUGGUGAAAGAAGUGGUGCGAACGGACAGCCUGAAAGGACGCAGGGGUCGCCUUCCUUCCAAGCCAAAGAAUGUGCAAGAUCCUGCAUCCACAGCCUCUCCAAUCAGCAUCAUCGCCUCACUCGUCCAAGCGCAUAAUGAGUCCAACCCAGCCAAUGGAAAGCUGGACUACUCCAAGUACCAGGAGACGGUAGCCAGUAUUUCAGAGAAAGAAGAUGCCAGCGACAUCCAGCAGUUGUACGAUCUUUUGACGGAGUCCAUGGACGUGAUUCGGAAAUGGGCGAAGACCAUACCCGGGUUCAGUGCUUUCUGCCCUGAAGAUCAGGAGCUUCUUCUGGAAUCUGCUUUUGUCGAACUUUUCAUUCUUCGUCUAGCAUACAGGUCAAUUCCUGAAAAGGACAAGCUUAUCUUCUGCAAUGGUGUGGUUCUUCAUCGUAUGCAGUGUGUCCGAGGCUUUGGUGACUGGAUCGAUUCCAUCAUUGAGUUUUCACAGAGUCUACACCGAAUGAACCUGGACAUACCUUCAUUCUCUUGCCUUGCUGCCCUUGUUAUCAUCACAGAUCGCCAUGGCCUCAAAGAGCCAAAGCGUGUAGAGGAGUUCCAGAACCGCCUGAUUACUUGUCUUAAGGACCAUGUCACCAGCAGCUCCGCUGACCCUGGCCGGCCCAACUUCCUGUCCCGGCUACUGGGAAAGCUUCCCGAGCUGCGGACUCUUUGCACCCAGGGCCUGCAGCGCAUCUUUUACCUGAAACUGGAGGACUUGGUUCCACCACCUCCAAUUGUGGACAAGAUCUUCAUGGACACCUUGCCUUUCUGAGAAAGUGCAAGUGACAAAGGAAUGUUCUUAUUCCUCUUUGAUGGUGUUCAGCAGCAACAAUGUAAAAGUGCUGAAUGGUUAAAACUGGACUUCUGUUUUGGCCAGUCAGAAGUCUGUUUUUGGGAAUAGCCAUGUCUGGCUGAGUUACCCUGUGUCAUUGCACUGUAACAGCUGACGGAUUGGGGUCCUUCCCUCCAACACAAAGCCACUUGGAAGAGGAAACCGAACUCUUACAGUCUAAAAUUUUCCUCUGGAUUAUUAGCAAAGAUCCCACUGGAGAUUGAAAAGAAACUCUCUGUACUUUAGAAGUACAAAUCUUGUUGGUUCGUAUACUAUCACUCCAUCUGUACAAAAAAACAGUACUGCCAGCAAAACCACUGUACUUCAUUAAAACAUGGACGAGAAUGGGUUACUCAGAAAUAUGCACAAGCCCACAGAGCAGGAGAGGACCAUCUCGUCGUAUUUCCAGUGUAAACAGUAUUAAAAUUCGAUCUGAAAUGUAAAUGGGUCACUUGGGCCCUCCAAUAUCACCAGCUGAUAUGUUAGCCUCUUGAAUGACCAGAAACAUCAGAUAUAAUUGGUUUAUUUUUUUAAUAUAUUGUAAAUAAUUCAGUGGAGAGUCUUUGUAUUUCAAUGUUGACUGAGGCCUUGUUUGACUGAACACAAACUUUCAAAAUAGAUAUAAAGCCUUAUUUAGCCUCCAGUGAAGUAUUCCAGACUGUAUGUAAAAGUAGCUAAACAGCAUGCAGCUGUUGAAAAAAUUUUCCAGAGAUUCCAAAUUUUCCAAGACUUCUUAUGAAAAUGGCACCUUAGUAUGGCAUGGAUUACAGCAAGUAACAGAAAUGUAGAAUUGCUGAAAAGUGGAAAUGAUUUUACUGAGGCGUCCGAGCAGAGGAUACGGUGUCUUCUGCCAGCCUAUGUCCCUAAUAGUCAUUUUAUUGUCCACUGGCGGCAUUCUCUUAACCAUGUGUCCAUAUCUGAAAAUAGGUAAUGCUAAAGUGUGGCCUUAAAUAUUGUAUAAAAGAAUAUGCUUAUCAAAAUUUUUUUUUUUUUUUUUUAAUUUUUCAGUGAUGUGAUGGAAAAAAUGUGACAAAAUCAUGAGCAGCUAUGAGCACUAUGUACAGCAUUUUUAACUGCUUGUACUUUUGAAUAUAAUAACUUUACGCAUUGCGUGUGUGUAUAUUUACUAAUACAUACAAUUGUAUGCACACCAAUACAUAUACUUUAUAUUUCAUUGGUUUUAUGACAAAACUUAGUGUUUCUUCUACUUUCAUAAUUUGUCAAUUUCUUCAAGCUUGUCUCCUUACAAAAGAGCAGUUAAUCCCACAUUAAAUAAUAUGUUUUGUGGAAGUUACAAUUUGGAGGAAAAAGUUUUGUCACUUUGCCAAUGUGUUUGAAAGUUAUUCAGUUAUGGUUAUGUGGUACACAUUCAGAGACAGAUGUAUUUCAAAUAAAAUACACAAAUCUGAA